GGUCAGAAGACAUUUAAAAGGAGAAGAUCUAUCAUCAAUUGGGCCUUUUGGCGGGGUUCUGGCACUCACCUGGAUAACUUGCCCAUGUCCCCAACCUCUCCUAUGACAGGGCAGCUCUUUGGAGUGUCUCUGCCAAAUAUCUGUGAGAAUGACAAUCUGCCCAAACCUAUCUUGGAUAUUCUUGUUUUCCUUAAUCAAAACGGACCCCUCACAAAUGGCAUCUUCAGACAGUGCGCCAGUGUGAAAUUGUGCAAAGAGCUGAAGGAGAAGCUGGACGCGGGAGCAGACGUGCCCCUGGACACUGAAUCCAUUUUCGUGAUAGCGUCUGUUCUGAAGGAUUUUCUACGACAUAUUCCCAGAAGUGUUUUCUCAUCAGAUCUCUAUGACCAAUGGGUCUGUGUAAUGGAUCAAGGAAAUGAUGAAGAGAGAAUAAAUACAAUUCAAAGGCUGUUGGACCAGCUUCCGAGAGCCAAUAUUGUUCUUCUAAGGUACCUUUUUGGGGUACUACACAACAUUGAGCAACACUCCUCAUCCAAUCAGAUGAACGCAUUUAAUUUAGCGGUGUGUAUCGCUCCGAGCAUUCUUUGGUCUUCUACUACCUACAGCCGAGAAUUAGAAGGCGAAUUUACAAAAAAGGUUACUCUGCUUAUUCAAUUUGUGAUUGAAAAUUGCUGUAGAAUAUUUGGAGAAGAAAUCACUUCCCUCUUUGGAGAGGUGUCAGUGAGGUGUGACAUUAGAGAGAAUACCUCAGGUAUCUCUUGCUUACAAAUGACCGACGCCUCCUAUGACAGCUUGGAAAACGAGCUGAAUGAGGACGUUGACGCUCCGUGCAGUGACCUGGUGACAACCCUCGGCCAGGGUAGCAGAAGCAUGGACUCAGUCCUCAGCCUCAGUGACUGUGACACCGACCAGCCCGAGCUGGGAGGUCUUUUAACCCUGAGCGACUUUGACUUAGACAAUCCUAAACAUGAAGACAUUCAAAUGGAAGGGCCUCUCGAAUCCAAGCCGGUGACUGUCCCAGGACUGUACGGAGAGGCCAGCCUGCAGGACCAUGGCGGGGCCCCGACUGGCGCCGCCACACCCAGCUACCUGACCAGGGCUGCAGCAGAUGCUCCGAAAAGCCCGCGGCGACAGCGGCGCUGCUCCGAACCCAGCAUCAACUAUCGAGAUGCAAAGCUGUCCUCUUUCCGGGAGUUUUGCCAGAAAAAGCUACGCAAGUCCAGCUGUGAUGCAAUUCUCUCACAGAAAGGUGAGGACCAUCUGAAGCAAAACGAACCCCCACAGGUAGAGGGUAAGAUGUAUUUUAAACAGGCUCUAGUCACAGGCACUGAUAUCAAGAAAAAUGCCUCUAAUAAAAGUGCUAAGAAGAAGGGCUUCUUUGGUAUGCAAGGAAGUCAGGUGAAGCGCCCCCCGCCCUCAAAGCCAGUGGCCAUUUCUGUGGCAUCUUGCAGUUACAUGUCCUCACAUGAUUGUCCCAGGAGCCAGCCCUUGGAUGCAGACACACCUGCACACGCCCCGUCACACACAGCAGAUGCCCCCAAGAGUUCCAAGAGGCACCAACGCUGCCAGAAACCAGCAUCGACGACCAGCGCGCUCCAAGCUGAGCUAUCUCAGGGGUAUUUUCUCAAGGAAACACAAAAAAGCAGCUUUGAAGUACGCCCGUUGUCUGGAGAGGAGGAGUAUCUCCAGCAGCACAAGUCUUUACAAUUGGAGGGCCAAAAGCUCAUUAACCAGAGCUUGGUCAUGGGGAUCGAGGUGGGCAAGAGUGGUGCCACCGACCAGAACCCCGAGAAGCUUUUACCCUCAAAAUUAAGCACCUGCCCCAGGACGAGCUGUUCUAGCUUGUCUUCCCCAGGCACCUCCCCAUCUGGCUCCUCAGUGAGCUCCCAGGAUAGUGCUUUCUCUCAGAUUUCAGAGCAUUCCGUGUUUACACCCAACGAAACGUCCUCCCCAGUAGAUUGUACUUUUCUGGCCCCAAGCCAGCAGGGAGAACCGUCCGACUCCAGCAGCUCCAGACUCGUUUCUGGAGUGCCUGGUCCCGCCUCUGAGCAGGCCAGCAGCCGCCUGGCUUAUUCAAAAAAGGACACCUUAGAGUGGCAUUCACAGAUGCAUUCUGUAACCCUUCAUCCCAGCACAUGGUUAAGAAAUGGUAUGGCCAGCUUGAAAAACUGGUCCCUCAAAAACAAAGCCAGGGCAGCCAGAGCAGAGGAAAAGAAAAUAUCUUCUCUGCCAGGGCCCGCAGAGCCCCCUCCCCAUGCUUCUGGGGCUCCAGAAGCCAACCCACAGCAAGAGACACAGAAAGACAUGCCCCCAAGGGUACCUGCAGGACUUGCAGCUGCGCAGACAGGCCAGCGGGACACCUCCAAUCCCAGACACGGCUCCGAGCCACGCGGUAGCUCUCCGCCCAGCCCAGUGGAAGGCACAGUGGAGCUCUGUCUGAAGUCACAGGAGGAAGGAGAGAGUAGCGGGCCGUGCUCUCCUGGCAUCCCGCCGUGUGCAAUAUCCUCGCCCAGCUCUUUGGUUAUAGAUGAUGAGUCCGGCCCAGACUCAGGGCCUGCACCAGUGUGUGAUGUUGAGGACAAACAUUCAACCAAAGACAUUUUACCACAAGAAGAACCUGAUGUCUAGAAGAACAGGAAGAACAGGAAGUGGCCUAAUAACAUCAAGACAAUAUUCAUUAUGACCCCUCUGUAUAAAGUACCUGGAAUAGGUAGCAUAAAGAUAAUUAUUGCUAAUACUUAGUACAAUAAAAUAAUUCUCUUUACUAAGACCAUGUGGCAAGAAGUUUUACUACAAUUUUAGAGAUACUAGCAGAGUUAGAGAAAGUGUCUUCUUUUUUUUUCUUUUUAUAAACUUUAUUGAAUUUAUUAGGUAACAUUGGUAAAUAAAAUUAUAUAGGUUUCAGGUGUACAAUUAUGUAAUACAUCAUCUGGAUAUUGUAUUGUGUGUUCACCACCCAAAGUCAAGUCUCCUUCCAUCACCAUGUAUCUCCCUUUGCCCUCUCCUGUCACUCCCCACCCCCUUUCCAUCUGGUAAUCACCAUACAGUUGUCUGUGUCUAUGAGGGUUUUUUGUUGUUUGUUUGUUUUGUUUUGUUUUUUGGGGGGGGUACUUAAUCCCUUCACCUUUUUCACCCAGCCCCCCAACCCCCAUACCCUCUGAGAGCUGUCAGUCUCUAUGCGUCUGUUUCCAUUUUGUUUGUUAGUGAAAUCAUGUAUACUUGUCUGUCUCUGACUGGCUUAUUAUUUAGCAUAAAAAGGAAGCAUGCAUUAUAUCACGUUAGGCUCCUGAGAAGGCCAUGGUAUCAUUAGUGAAGCAUGGAGAUUACGGGGAGUGGGGAAGGGUGCAGACAAACAAUGCACACUCCAUGGAAUGUGUUCAAUAAAUAAGCAAGAAAAAUGCCACUAAUCCAAGUAUUGGGAAGAAAAGCACGCCCAGUAAUGAAGGAAAUCAUGUGAAACAUUUCCCUUCAUCCAAGUCACUGUCCAUUUCUGUGACUUCUAGAGUCACAUGUCCUCGCAGGAUCAUUCCAGAAAGUAGCCCAUGAUGCAGCUAGACUGGGGAAAAGGAGAGUGGCUCAAGAGCCAUGAGUAUCAUGAUGCCAUUUUUUUGUUGGUUGUGUUGCUUGAUUCAUUGUUCCAUUAGCACCGCUUUGCAAAGGCUCCAGUGAACAGCUGGGAAGAGAAAGACGGAAAUGUCGCUCAUCUCAGUGUUCUUUACAAAGGGACCUGUGCUGGGAGAGUUCUCCAGGAACACAGCUUUUCCUGUGAGAAGGUGACCUGAAAGCACUGGUUACCUGAGCGUGGGGGAAACUGCAAAACAGUCUUUUCUCUGUUACACGAAUGCUGUUGCCAGCAGGAUGAAAGCCGGGCUCCUCUGCCCAGAUGGUUUUCUGCAGCCCCGCCUCUUAGAGUAGUCAGCCAGAAAACAUUGCUGAUAAGUCAUCCUUUUUCUGAUUAUCAUUUGGCCAUAGAGAGAGCAAUUUUGAAUUUGCUAACUUAUGAAGAGUUGCAGAAUAGAAUACCCACCAAAGUGGCUAUCGGGCCUUCUCAAUCACUGGCUUUGGAUUUCCCUACCUCCAGGAGUUUUUACAUACUUUUGUCCCAAAUGAUUCAUGGUUCACAGAGAGUGUGUACCCCACCCCAUUGGUUUAUAUCCAUGGACACCUCUCUCUUGCCUUAAAGUGACACUGGUACAUCUCCUGGAUUAACUCCAUUGAUUAUUAGGCCUGCCAGCCUGUCUGGAGGGAUAGAGUCAGGAAAGGAUGUGCAUCGUCCUUCAUUUCAACUUGAUACUUAUAAGAAGCUGCUUAGAACCCACUGGGUCUCUUUAGUCCACCAUCAAAUGGACCUUUCUCCCUCAAACUAGCUUAUUUCAAACUAUAUUUCUGAGCCACUAGGAAACUUUUAUGUUGUGUUCUUUUCCUGUUGUCCUAAAUGUUGCAUUUUUUUCAGUUAAAGGGGGAAAAAUGUUUUCUGGUGGCUCUGGCCAGGAAGUGCCAUUGGUUAGAGUGUCGUCCUGAUAUGCCAAGGUGGUGGGUUCAAUCCCCAGUUGGGGCACAUACAAGAAUUAACCAAUGAGUGCAUAAAUAAGUGGAACAAUAAAUCAAUGUUAUUGAUGUUUCUCUAUAUCUCUCUCCCUCCCUCCCUCCUCUUUCUCUCUCUCUCUCUUACUCUCUCUCUCUCUCUCUCUCUCCCAUCCUCUCUCUCUAAAAUCACUAAAGUAAAUAAAAAUAAAAUGUAAGAUAUAACAAGUCUUUUCAGUAUUAGCUAUUGGUGCUACCUACCUCUGGGGUACAUGGCCCUGUUUGCCCUUAGCAUUAUAAUUAGCUUUUAUAACUCUGGGUCCAAAGAACUCCUUCAUGACACUGGCCAUCUCCCUCACAGGUGUGAAGUAGAUUCCACUUUGUCCUAUAGCUUAGACCUCUAAGUGUCCACAUGCAUUUUUUGCGAUAUAUAAAGGCAACAGGGAUCUCCCUUACCCCGAGGGCAAAACUACUGUUGGAACUGCAAGAUGUGAAUGAAGCUCUUCCAGCUUGGAGUGUCUUUCUGGAAGACAUUUCUUCUCUACUUAAGAGAACAUUGGUUCUAGCCUUUAUAUAUAUAUUGAUGAGUAGAAAAUCACCCACCCAAUUUGAAGCAUAGAAGGAAAUAGAUAUUGAGGUUCUUAAAUAAUUAUUUCCACUCUUUGUUCCCUUAGAUCCUCCUGUAAGACAUAAUGUAAAUAGUUUGUUAAUAUGGCUGUACAGUAUUAUAUUGUAAGAUUUGAAGAACGUCACUUUAUUAUACUCUGUUAAUCUAUAAUAUAUUAGACUCAUGCUUUAUCUAAAAUGUUUUGAGUUUGUAUAAUAUAUCUUGACAAAUUUUACUAUCCUGUUAUGUAAUAAAUGUGUAUUUUUGUACUUGCAGAAACUGCUGCUAACUUUUAAAGUUGUUUGAUUUUCAAGGCACUGAUAAUGGAUAUGUAUGAAGUCCAUGCUGUCUAUUAAAUAAAAUACCAUUCUCCAACGUUAACAAUCUCCCCAGAGCAAUGAUCCCUUUGUAGAACUGUUCUAGUUAAUGAGCCCAAUUUCUACUUACCAUUGGAAAUUUCAUAAAAUGCUAUUCAUGUAGAAUUGAACUUUGAGCUUUUAGUCAUAGGCCAUGGUUAGUCUUUCCAGAGGGGGAAAAUAAAGCUUUUCUAUUUUUCUAAUCUUACCAUUUACCAAACAAGUCAUGCUUUAAGCGCAGUCUUCAUUUGUUUAAGCAUUAUGUUUUCCUUGUGCUCCUGGAAUGUCCUUAUUCUCAUAUCAAAAGAACCAUCAACUCAGUUUAAUGGAUGGUAUGAUAUUUUCUUACCUGAAUUUAAAUCAUAAUUGACCAGAUUGACCAAGUUGCUCCCAGACACUCAGGACCUGAGUACUGCUGAGGUCAUAUGAACAUUAUUACUGGUUCCUCAGGACUGCUGCAUCUUUACUUGUCAGAGUUCAUUGGGGUUCACUCUGUGUAAGUUUAACCACCAUUUCAAAGAGAUGCAAGAAAAAUGUAAUUAGUACAGAAAAAUUAUUUGUAUAACAGCACUGAAGACCACACCCCACUGUCAGAAAUGCCACUGAUGAGGUGCAGGCAGUGUGCACAUACACUGAUGUUAAUUUCCCCCUAACUGUUACAGAAAUACAAAGAUUACUGUAAAAAGGGAGCCUUGAUGUA